AACACUUGAACUUUACGCUAGCGGUUAUUUAUAAACAAUAGAAUGGUAUCUGAUGUUAACCCCGUUAUCCGGAAACCGGACUGGGAUUUCGUAUAAGUCGAGCAGCCCAACAGAAAUCUUAUCAUUCUUGAUCCGCGCUUUGUGCUGUUCCGUUCUUUACGUUCCUAAGUUGCUAACGUGCCAAUUGUGUUUAGUACUUCUCAGAGUAUAAGUUUUCAGACAUAAUGGCAGCUUCGUUAAGUCCGAAGAUGGGAUUUUUGCAACUGAAACGAAUUUCCUACUUGGUGCAGUACUGUCGCAUUUCGAAUGUCACUGCAUCGAUUGUUGCGCAGGAUUUUGAAAGUUUUACGAAACAAGGAGACGUAUUGUGGAAUGUAGAUGGACCUGCGAAACCAUUACAUCGAAUGACUCCACUUCGUACCCAAUUCAUAAUGGAAGGUCUCAUGGCAACUCAAAGCAGCGCCACCGCGACGCCUUUAACAGAAAAAUUGGUUUUGGACGUGGGUUGCGGAGGCGGUAUUUUGACGGAAGCCUUGGCGAGGAGAGGUUUGAAAAUUGACGGGGUUGACGCCAACUACGAUCAUAUUAGUACCGCCCGUUCCCACGCGCGAUUAGACAAUUCUCUUACAAAUUUAAACUACCACUGCACCACGAUGGAAAUGCAUGGCACAAAAAAUUGUGAAAAAUACGAUGCGGUUGUCGUGUCAGAGGUGAUCGAGCACGUCAUACCUCAGCACCAAUUUUUAGAUGCGUGCAUAAGAUGCUUGAAACCAGGAGGUUCGCUUUUCAUAACGACUCUCAAUAAGACGUUCAUGAGUUGGCUGGUAUGCGUUAUGCUUACACAGGAAAUAUUCAAUGUGAUACCAAGAAACACGCACACUUGGAAUAACUUUAUAACUCCAAACGAGAUCACCGAAUUUCUGAAAAAAUAUAAAUGCGAAGUCCAAACAGUAAAAGGUUUGUACUUUGAGUUUUUAACGAAGAAUUGGUUUUGGGCAUCCAGUGAUUCAUAUUGGUAUGCGUUACAUGCCAUCAAAGAAUGAAGCUUUCGAGUAUAGUAUUUCUUCCACUAAUAGGUGGAUGGUUUUUGCCCUAUGAUUAUUAAGGAAUUACACUCAUAUUGUUGUGUAUUAUAGAUUGUAAGAUCUUAAUUUAUACUGUAGUUUAUAAUUUUGAUAAAUAACUUGUAAUAUGUGUAAGUAAGUGAUUUGUAACAAAAAUAAUUAGUAUAAUAGUCCGUUUGAUAAAAUUUCAACAUCUCCAAAUAAAGAAAAAUCAAUUACAGAAA